AUGUAUGCUUUAGAUCAAGAAAGGGCUCACCCGGUGCCUCCACCACCACCACCACCGCUCUCCAUGGACCGGAUGCCUGGUCCCUCGGCCGCCUACUCUACGCCAGGUCCAGGUCCCAUGCGAACUUCCGACCAUCUGGCGCCGAUUUCAACAUGCCACGAGGGUCGCAUCUGGUCUCUCCAGGUCGUUCAACAACCCAUUCGAGCUCGCAUGUGUGGCUUUGGUGACAAGGACCGACGACCGAUUACCCCGCCACCCUGUAUUCGAUUAAUCGUGCGCGAUGAACACACAGAGAAGGAGAUCGAUAUCAACGAAAUCGACACCUCAUUCUACGUUUUGACCGUCGAUCUCUGGAACGCGGAUGGCACGAAUGAAGUGAACCUGGUCAAGCACUCCGCUACCUCUCCUUCCAUCUCUACGGCUAUGUCCUCCUCGUAUCCACCUCCUCCGCAGAACAUGUCCCCAACCUAUCCUGGCUACGGCCAGGGUGGGUAUGGACAACCCGUCGGAUAUCCACCGAUGAACAACUAUUAUGGGCAACAGCAGAUGUACCAAAACCCAUAUGGUCAAACAGUCGGUUAUCCACCAUAUGGCUAUCCUCAAGGAGGGCAAAUGCCUGGAGCUAUGUCCCCUGCGCCUCCCAUGGCCGGCGGCCAGGGUGGCAUGUUCACCAGAAAUCUAAUUGGCAGUCUGAGCGCCAGCGCCUUCCGAUUGACGGAUCCGGACAACAAGAUUGGAGUCUGGUUCAUCCUCCAGGAUCUGAGUGUCCGAACCGAAGGCACUUUCCGAUUGAAGAUGAGCUUCGUCAACGUUGGUACACAAUCUCUCGAGAGCACCAACGGUGCACCCGUAAUCAACCAUGGAUCCGCCCCGGUUCUUGCCUCGGUGUUCAGCGAGCCGUUCCAGGUCUUCUCGGCAAAGAAGUUCCCCGGUGUCAUUGAAAGCACUCAAUUAAGCAAGUGCUUCGCUCUCCAGGGUAUCAAGAUCCCUAUCCGCAAAGAUGGUGUGAAGGGACCACGGGGUCGUGGAGGAGACGGGGAUGACGAUGAUGGUGACGAUUUCUGA